AUGGCUUCCGCUACCGACCAGCACCCGAACCUCCCCCUCCCCGACUACUUCUCCAAGUUUGCCGCCAACUACGUCCGCCAGACGGGCCAGUCGACGCUCAACAUCCUCCGCAACAUCGUCACGGACCAGAUCCAGAAGUCGUGCCACCCCAUCGGCCCCGACUCGGUUGUCCAUGACACGGCCGCGGGCCCCGGCAUCGCCGCGGCCGCGCUCGUCGCCCGCCUGCUCGAGGACCAGCUGCCCAAGGAGAUGCUGGUCUCGGACAUCGUGCCGGCCAUGGUAACGGCGGCGAACGAGUCGCUCGUCAGCUCGCCGCUGCGCAAGGUCGAGUGCAAGGAGCUCGACUCGCAGGACCUCAAGGGCGUGCGCGACAACUACUUCACCCACUCGAUCGACAACUUCAGCAUCUUCACCUUUGUCCGCCCCGUCGACGCCAUCCGCGAGACCUACCGCACCCUCCGCCCGGGCGGCCUCGCCGUCGUCACCUGCUGGCGCCGCUUCGCGCCCAUGCACAUCGUGCACGCCACCCAGCGCAAGAUCCGGCCCGACCUGCCGGGCGGGCUCAUGCCGACGCCGAGCCCGCAGUUCUACGAGGAGGGCGGCUUCCACCGGCGCAAGAUCGACGUGUUCGACCAGGAGCUCGUCGUCGCCGACGAGGAGCAGAUCGCCGGCCUGACCGAGCUCACGUCGGGCCCCAUGAUGGCCAGGGCGCGCGAGGGCUACACGCCCGAGGAGGAGGCCCGGUGGGCCGAGACGGUCAGGGAGUCGGUGCGGGAGGAGAUUGCGCAGUACGGCGGGAUCCGGUUCGAGGCCUACGUCCUCUUGGCUACCAAGUAA